AUACUCUCCCUUUACAGAAAUUUGUGCUUGGCUUAAGCGGCACACAAUGGCGCUAAUACAUAUUUACAAUGGGACGAUGUUAAAACGUUAGGUUUCUUAUUUUAUUUUUUUUUUUUAAUCGGGAACGACUUCAGGAUGACAUCGUUACUAAAGAACCAGAUCCUGAAGCAUUUAUCAAGGUUCACCAAGAAUCUAUCACCUGACAAAAUCAGUUUGAGUGCUCUUCGAGGUGAAGGAGAACUUGCUAAUCUAGAGCUAGAUGAGACUGUGUUGAUGGAUAUCCUUGAACUUCCUACCUGGCUCAAAUUGUCCAAAGCUAUUUGUAACAGGGUGGCCAUAAAGAUUCAAUGGACUAAACUGAAAACACAGCCCAUCUGCCUGUACCUGGAUGAAGUCGUUUUGGAAGUGGAAACAUGUGAAGAACCAAGAUCUCCAAACAAUCCUCAAAUGCCGACUUCUAAUGUCAGGCCGGGGAAAUAUGGUUUUGUGGAACGAGCUAUUGAUGGAAUCUAUGUUCACAUUAAUUCAGUCCAAGUCAACUUCCGCUCGAAAACAUUCCAGGCAUCCUUGCAGAUGUCUCGGGUGAAAGUUCACAGUGUGACCCCAACCUGGCAGGUCACAUCUGACCUCCGUGUCACUCGCUUAAAAGACAUUUCUCGAGGGGAGGUGAUAAUCUUUAAAGAGGUUGAUUGGCAAGCAACUCGCAUCGAAGCUCAAGCAGUUGACACGAUGAUGAAGGGAGUGAUAACUCAAACACCAAUUAGACUAAUUGCCAAUCAGGCCAAAUUAAGGAUUGCUGUGAAGAAAAAUAUGAAUGAUUGUAGCAUUGUUUCAUCCCGAGUGAUCCUGUUGCUAGAUGAUCUGCUAUGGGUGCUAACUGAAACACAAUUGAAGGCAGCUUUGCUGUAUGCAACAUCACUACAGGAAGUCAUUGAGAAAUCUGCUCGACAAAGCAAGCAACUAGCAGCAGAGAAGUUAAAGAAACAAGGCCAUAUUGCUUCAGACCAACUGAAAAGAAUUCAGAUGAUGAAACAGGCCAAAGGUGUUCAUCCAUCGAAGGCUUCUCGUGUGUUUACCAAGUUUGAUGUUCUGUCUACCUCGUAUCACCUCAUCACUAGUCGUAUUGACUUGCAUCUCUGUGAUGAUAUGCAACCACGCAAAGAUUCAGCCACAACAUAUUGUUCUAAAAUUGAGGGUGGUGCCAUGCAGGUGACUCUCAACAAGCUGUCAAUUGAUUAUUAUCCCUUCAAUCCUGCAGAUGAGGCAUUGAUAAUGAGUAGAGGUGGAGAACGAAAGCAAUGGUACCGAUACAGUGACCAGGUUGGUUCACGGAACCAUUGGGUUGGUGGAUUGUUUGCCAGUCACAAAAAGGAGGUUCAAAGGGCCAGAUCAGCAUUUGGAAUGUCAUCUCCAUCACAGUCCCCUUCACACUCAACAGAUCAACCUCAAGGUACAUCAUCCACACCAUCAUCAUCUUCAACUGGUAGUAGUAUCAAUACAAAUAGUAGUAGCACUAAACCUCAAAUGUCAUCCACAGUCUCUAGUGCCAAUGAGAAAGUGACUGGAUCAGGAAGUGGAUCAAGUGUGCCAAACCGAUCUUCUCAUGGUGGGGAGAAGAGGUUGUGUUUACUUGAGAGCUGCUUUGUUCUUGAAGUGGACGAGUUCACAAUUUUCUGUAUCUCCACAGCUGAUAAUAAGAGAAACAACCCUCACAAAUUCUUCUCUUCAGAGAAGAGGGUGUUACAUUUACCUCAAGAUAUGCCAAUUUUACACAUGGAGUUCACUGAAUAUUAUUAUCCUGAGGGAGUCAAUUUGCCAGUGCCACAUGCUAAUCUGUAUGUAUUGUUAAACCCUGUACAGCUGAGAGUCGACUAUCUUACACUCCUCUGGCUUAACUAUUUUGUGUUGCAGCUGUCCAAAAAUCUGAAAGAAAAUACAGAUGGACCUCGUGAACACAUUGAUAUCAAAUUUGAAGCUUUAAUGCCGAAACUAUUAAUCCCUGCUGAAAGUGGAUCCUAUCCACAAGUAGCUGAGCGACCAGAUACUCUGUUAGUUCAAAUCUCCAAAAUGUCAGCAACCAAUAAACAGAGUGAGGAAGACACCAGUCAUGAGAAACUAUUACUGGCACUGGAAGAACAAAGCCAGUGCUGUCUACUUAAAUCAACAGAGUUCCCAAUGGAUCAGAACGAACUUUUGGUGUGUCCACAACAUGUAUGUAGUCAUGUCUUAGAAAAGGACUGUCUUAAUGCCUACAUAGACUCAUAUGUGAAACAAGUGUUGACAAACUACAAGUUGUCAUUGUCUGGCACUAACACAACUACAAACGCAGCUGAAAUAGCUGACAGGAGAAGAUUGAAAACCAACAGUCUCAAGCUGGAUGCUGCAUAUGAUAUCUGGAAUGUACAUAUUGAUCAGAUAUGGAUGGACUUCACCACACGCAAGUCUCGGCCUGUUCCUUUUCUAGAGUCUUUCCCAGUGACAUUUUGGUUUUGGCGAACUCAGCCCUGUAAAAGUAGGGGGAAGAAGGAAGGAGAGAGUAGAUUUGACCAUAAAGGCAGUUCUAACUUGAAUGGGAGUCAGGAUUAUAGUGACACUUCUGAAUUAGCUGAUAGUGAUAGUUCAACAACACUUUGUGAUAAUGAUGGCCACACGGACAUCUGUGCAAUAGUAUGUAUCAAAUCAAAAGUUCAAGUCCUAAUCACACAUUACCAGUAUUUGUUCAUGCUACGGCUUGCUGAGUCUUUAACAACCUUUCAAAAACAACUAGAUGCUGACACUGAAUAUUUCUCCGGAACAUUGGCAUCUUCAUCAAUUUCUUUAACAACAUUUGUGCAGGACAUUGAAGUAGCGAUGGUUUUCCGUAAACCAUCUGAGAGUUCAUUCCAUAAUGGAAACAUGACUGAGGCUCAUAGCAGUACCAUAAAAGGAAGUAUACCAGAACUGUCGCUUCCUGACCGGCAAGCAGAAUUGGAUGGUUGGCCAAACAAUGACAUGAACAACUAUGAUGGCAGCUUAAGUUACAUCUCAAAAUCUUACAGUGAUUCUCGUUUAAAUAUCUCCAAGCAUAGAAGUAUGAAUGGAGAGCUAAUGGAGGGUUUGAUCCAUGAAGAUAGCAUGCAACCAUUGAAUACAGCAUUAGAGAACAGUACUCCAAACAUUAACCUCUGCAGUAGUGAAGGUGCAUCAGAAUCUGUAAUGCCUAUGUCACUCGUAACAUAUAGUGCAGCUUCAGACACUGUUUAUUCAACAAUAAGUUCCUUAAGCAGUUCAGAUGCUAAAAGUGCUGGGCCAGCAGUUACAUCACGCAAAUCCAGUUUUAAAAGUGAAAAGAAAAAAGUUUUAUCGACAGCUUGGUCAAAUUUUACUGACAAGUUGAGGUCCAUGAGUGAUUUAAAUGACGAUUCUUUGCUUGGUACUGAAGACCUGGAACCAGGUCAGACUGAUUAUUCUUCAGAUGAUGAGUCGUUUGAACAUCUGUCAUUAGAAGACGCUGAAGAACUUCCUGCAUUUGAAAAAAAACAAACUCUUGAUGCUCAGGGCUCUUUUGAAACUACAAGCCAAGACAGCAGUUUAGAAACUACAUCAACAGCUCGGGAAAAGCAACUAAUCAAUGUUUCAAUCUUCCAUUUGAGCCGAACUGAAGCAUUUGUCCAGAACUUGAGAAGUGGUACUGUGUUACGUUGUCAAUUACAAAAUAUUGAUGUUGCUGAAUCAAGAGGUUUCAGCUGGGAAGGAUUCCAUCGCAAGUUUACCUCAUCAAAAGGUUUACAGUAUGAGACAAAAUCAAUGUCAACAGCCCAGUUCCCAGUACGACUAAAGUAUAUGAUUGGUCCUGGUCUGGCUGAAUUAAAGAAUGAUCUCAUUGGACAAGAGCGGGGAUUUUUACACAUUGACUUGGCUGACAUCAACCUGACAUUCCAGAUGUCAGCUCUUAUGAAUAUAACUGAUCUGAUUGAGGACGAGCUCCCUCCUGUCUUCAUGCCACUCUAUAUCAGCAUCAAAGACCUGACACUGACAUUACAGGAAGACCGUCCAUCCAGCUGUGGCAACUCUAGUCAACCACCAACUGUAAUUUCAUUGCAUCGUUCAAUAAUCGAUCGUGGAGGGGAUGGAGUCUUUCAUAUCAGAGGUGCUAGAGAGAGCGAAUAUUACAAAAGGAUCUCAAAAUCAUCCUUGAUUACCAAAAAUUCAUCAGGUGAAGACCAAAACACCUUAGAAGCAGCUUUAUAUGGUUCUGUUAGUACUUCUAGUCGAAUAAUUGAACAGUUACAUAAUGAGAAUGAAGAACUGGUAUCUGUUAAUAGAAAGCAAGCUGAAACUUUAGAGAAUUAUACAAUGCUUAUGGCAGAAGUUGCCAGUUUGAAGGAUGAAAACCAGAAACUUAAGGAAUCUUUAGAUGAAAAGGUCUCUCAGAUACAAGAUUCUAAUCAGAAUUUCUCCUCAGAACAUAUAACAUCAUUAGAAACUGAAAAUCUGAAGCUAUUACAAAAGAUUACUUACUUAGAAGAAGAAAUACAAACAUCUGUUAAAGAAAAGGACUCGUUACUAGCAACAAUGCACCUGCUUCAAGAAGAGUUGCUUUCAUCAGAGCAACAACGCACCAGUUUCCAGCAUCUACAAAGUCCUAAUCAAGCAUAAUUUAUUAAAAUUAUCCUGUAUAACAGACUUUGAAGGUCUCACUGACUGUUGCUUCUGAUUUUACUGGUUACCCAUUCAAUAUUAUUUAGUUUUUCCUCUAUAGUAAGAUAUCUGCCAGAAUACAACAUGAUGUAUAGAAUGGUUCCUUGACAAGUUUUUAUAAUCUAUCUUAUAUUUAUUCAAUUCUUUAAAAAAUGACAAGGUUUUUGUUUUAAUCCCCAUUUUGUAAUGCAAUGGGAAUAACAUAGAAAUAGUUAAGAAUUGUUAAUGAGAUUAGAAAGGUAAUAAUUUUUCUAACAUUUUGUCAGUUAUACUAUAAGUAUUCUGAUGAGAUCAUAAUGAAUGAUUUAUUUCAAAAUGAAAUACAACACUUGCAGUUUUUCAUCUAAAUUUCAUUCUAAUUUUCUCAGAAGGAAUGGAACAUUUACUUAUAUUGCUAUGAAGUAGUUCUGUUUCUUCUACUACAUUUGUUAGAGUUUUAAGAAAAUUAGAAAAUAACCUAGAUCUAUUUUAGUUUCACUAUCAGUUUCAUGUAAGUGAUGCUAUCUGGUUGUAGUUCUAAAACAGUUUACUGUAUAUAGGUGUUUGUGUACACUUUUGCGUAUACACACUGCUAUGUAAUAUAUAUUUGGUUGUAAAUAGUUGUCUUUGUUUGUGUGUGUGUGUGUGUAUGUGAGAGAGAGAGCAUGUGUGUAUGCAUGUAUGUAUGCCUAUAUAUACACAUACACACAUACAUAUAUAUGAAAAGUUUGUAAAUACUUUAAUAUAAUUGAAAGAUGUAUUUCUGGUGUAUGUGUAGUGAAUUAUGGAAAAAGGAAUUCAUUUUAUAUAUAUAUGAUAUAAUAUAUAUAUAUAUAUAUAUACGAGUUAAAGUACUGGACUAGAGUCAAACCUUAUAUCAGCUAUUGUGCUGUGCUCCUGAGCAAAGGACAUAACUCUAUUCUUUCAAUUGAAACUGAUAAAAACAGGUUCUAUCCUACUUCAUGGUUGAGUGCUUAGUGGUAAAAACAAUUGCUCUAAUAAAAGGAAAAUCAUCUUUCGCAUGAAUGCAUGGAAAACUGAAUGUAAAACAGUUAAAUAUAUUAUGUAUGGAAAGAUAAAAUAUAUAUACAUCAAGCAAAUGUUUAAACAUAAGGCAAAUGAAUUCUUACAAGGUGUUGGGGAAAUUCCUCAAGAAUUACUUUGAGCCAUGUGACUGCAGAACUUCUGGACAUAUCUAAUGUUAUAGUGAAAUACACUGAAUACCAAUGAGAGGCUAAGGUACCGGAGAAUGAUAUAAAUUCAAUGAGAGUGUCACCUCUGUUGGUCCAAUGAUCAAUACAUUAUGUCACAUUUCAAAGAUUAGGCUUUUGCAAUUGAUAAACUUUAAACAGUGCACUCCACUUGUGACUGGAAAUACUGAUUGUACUACAUGUCUAUGCACCUUAUCAUGCACAUAGAUGAUGCUCGCAUGUCGGCACUCAGUGUGUAGCAGUGGGAGAUGUAGGGUAUUGUUUCCAAAGUCUUUCUCUGAUAUAAUUCAAUAUUUUGACUGAGUCAGUUAACAAAAUAAAAUUAUUUAUCAAGGUUUUUUUGGCAUAUGAAAUAUGCCAGACACAUUUGUUUUACCCAAAUGCUUCCACUACACUGUCAAUGAUUUCAGUUGUGUCACAGUUUCUUCAGAGAAACAGAUUAGUGUUGUGUUAUGUGGAGUUAUUUGGUGUAGUGUGGUGUGUUAGUGGGUAACACCAGUCAACUCUGCUCCAUCAAACUUAUGGCAUGAGAACAGAGUGGUAUGUGAUAUAGAAUUGCAUUUGGUGUGUUGUGUGAUGUUUGUGUUUUGUGAGUGUAUCACUGUAAUCAGCUUCUAUGAUAUAUCAGGGUCCAAUAUUGUGCAGGAACAUGCUGGCUCCUAGUAACUUCAAAUGUGGUUGUCUAAGGUUGCACUGAAGUUCACUGAGUAUCUUCUGACUUUCUUUGUCUAAGAUAAGAACCACUGCUAAAUUUAGUCAUUAGAGAAAUAUGAAGAUAAAGAAUAUCUGAUAAUAAAUUUAGCAGUCACUAUGUUAAAUAAGUUACCUCCAUAAACACCUAGUCUCUAUUCAGCUUUAAAAAAAAAGUUGUCACUAAAGGUAUUAUUAUCCAUUGUUUUAUCAGUGAGGUGGUGUAGAUGGUAUAGAGCCUGAUCAGAUGCUUUAUGGUUGUUAAAUGUCUCAUGUUUCUGAGUUGAGAUUCCAUUAAGUUUGAUGUUACCCCUUAUUCUCUUAUUGAGUAUUGGUAAAAUAAAUUCCAAUACUGAAAUGAAACCAGUUGACUAUUCCUUCUCUUUCACAACAUGGCUAUGUUGGUUUUGAUCUUUAAAAAAGAUUUAUUUGGAAAUUGGUGAAUAAUAAUUUGUCAUCUAGUUGUGUUGUAGUAAUUAUAAAUAGAUCAAAUCAGUACAAAUGUACACAUAUGUGUGUAUAAUAUAUAAAAUGUAAUUUGUUUGUCUUAAACUUCACAUUCUACUGAAAGAAGCUAGUGUUGUUAUGAAGCUUAGACACUUCGGUUAGAAAUAAUUUCACCCUGUCUGAUCUUGUAACCCAGAAGUUUACUAAGCUGAAAGAAGCUGUUGUCCAAAUAUAUGACCCACCCUAUCACCUGCCUGUAUGUAUAUGAACACUGUACACAUAUUGCCAAAAUAUUGCAACUGAAGAAGUUUUAGUGCAGAGUCUACAAAGAAGGUUUCAAUAAAUAUUUUUAAAAGUUAAAA